CGGCAGUCACCAUUCAACUUCAAAGCUCCAUCACCCAGCCUUCCUGAUCUCUCUGUUGUUGUAAAUUAUCUCCAACAUUUAUCAAGAUGGCUGAAAGCACAGACACCCUGAGUCCGGACAACGUACUGGCGAUCGCAGCAACGGCUCUGCGUGGGGAUGGAGCCGCGCCGCCCAGUCUCAAGACGCCUUACGAAGCGAUCGCUUUAGUAGGCCACGCGGCGAUGACAGCAGUAGGCUUCCGGCUAGUUGGGCUUGGAGAAGACCAUACGCUAAAGAACCAAACCGAGAGCCCCUCACUUCCCGCAGAAUGGAACGCCAACACGGCCUUCGCUUUCCGAUAUGCCCACGCACAGUCAUCGAUGCAGUACCUGCUAAAAGUCAGUCGACUCGGAAAUAAUGCUGUCGUUUUUGCCCUGGCCUUAGGCGACGACCGAACCACCUCCUUCGAUCUCCCGGUCAAAGACUACGUCUCUGAAUCCGCUCUUCCGCUGUCCUCUACCACAGACCUCCAAACAGCACUCAACGAAGCUUUUAUAUCACCGGCGCGUAUCAGUGACCUGAUAGGGCUAUUCAAGAUCAACGUCAUACAGAAGUUAGCCCCUGGGCUAUACAAGGAGGGGUACGAAGAUUCCUCCAACCAGGCACAGGAGACGGUGCGAGAAAGACAGCUGGAGAGACCGCCACGACAUGAUCCUCUGCGAGACGACCCUUUGCCCCAACCCGCUCGCCCUUAUCCGUUUGAUGAUCCUCUGGCGGUGCCGCCCCGACGACCUGUCCCGGCGGGUGACUUUCCCCCACCAGGAUUUGAGGAUGAGUUCGAAAUCCAAAGACCACCUCGGGGCUACCCGGCAGGCAUGGGAGGAAGAAAUCCCCUGACCAUCGGAGACCGAGACCUAUACCCUAUGGGACUCGGUCCGAACGAUCCUUUGCGAGGAGGCAUUGGUCCUGGUCUGGGGGGUGGCGGCGGUGGUGGGAUGCACCCCACCUUCGAUGAUCCCCUCUUUGGUGGACCACGAGGCCAAGGCUACGACCCUCAAGCACCUCCCGGAUCGCGAUAUGAUCCUGUUGGGCCCGGGCAAGGAGCGCCGUUUGGACGAGGGCAGGGGCCGUAUGGAGGACGCGGGUUUGGCGGAGGGUUCGGGGGAUUUGGUGGUGACAUCAUUUAAGCGCGCGGCUGAGCCUGAGCCUGGGGUCAAGGCGAAAUUUGCAAAGCAUUAGUGCACGAUGUGAUGACCGAAUGAAUGAUUAUGAUUGAUUGUAUUUACAUAACUUACGAACCGGAUGUAACUUUGUUGUAACCAUCCAUUAUUUACGUGAUUGGCAAAUUUUCAAUGGGGAGAAU